CAUAUCAUGACGAUGUGCUUCAUCGAACCAAAAGCUGUGUAUGUGAACCUUGAUCAGUGGUCAUUUCUGUUUGGAAGUGGAAAGUACAGAAAUAAGCUAAUAGUUUGCUUUAUUUUGGUGGUGGUUUCUUUAAAAUUUGUUAUUUAACUUCCAGUUAAACUCUAAAAAGUAUCAUAAAUUGAACUUUACAAUGUCCGUGGCACGCAAGCUAGACGUCAUUAUAUUCGGCGCAACUGGUUUCACGGGCAAAUACACCGUUCUCGAGGGCAUCAAACUACUGGCCAAUAUGAAUUGGGGUGUUGCCGGCCGAAAUAAAUCCAAGCUGGAGGAUACCCUUGCGGAGAUGGGUCGGAAAGCUAACACCGAUCUGUCGCACAUUCCGAUCGUGACGGCCGAUGUCGAAGAUCAACAAUCGCUGGUGCAAAUGGCCCGUGGGUGCAAGGUGGUGGUCAACUGUUGCGGACCGUAUCGACUGUUUGGGGAGCCUGUUAUUCAGGCCUGUUUGGAAGCGGGCACUCAUCACGUAGAUGUUAGUGGGGAGCCUCAGUUUUUGGAAGGAAUGCAACUGAAAUAUCACGAAGCUGCUAAAGCUAAAGGAGUUUAUCUGGUAUCAGCGUGCGGUUUUGAUAGCAUUCCUGCAGAUAUGGGGACGGUAUUCCUGGAGCAACAGUUCGAUGGAGUUGUUAACUCUGUGGAAAGUUACGUGAUGUCAAGGAUGAAGGGCAAAAAAGAGUUGGGAAGCAUUCACUAUGGCACGUGGGCUUCGGCUGUGCAUGCUAUCGCAAAUAUGAAGGAAGUUGGGCAAAUUAGGAAAGAAUUGUUCAAAACAAAAAUGCCGGAAGUGGCACCUAAGCUCAAAGAGAGACCUGCGAUUCAUAAGUCGAGCGGUGAUAAAUGGUCUUUUCCGUUCAUGGGAGCCGACCGAUCUUGCGUUUUGAGAACGCAACGGUUUUUGUAUGAAAAUGAGGGCAAGAGACCUCUUCAAAUGCGCGCAUAUAUUUCUUUCGGAGGACUGGUGGAAGUCAUAGCAAUUUCAUUCAUCGGAGCAAUCUUCUGGCUAUUGGUAAAGACCACUUUCGGUCAGAAUCUACUGCUCAAGUAUCCUCGACUAUUUUCUUUGGGAUUGGUUUCUCACGAAGGGCCGUCCGACCGAGCCAUGAACAAUACGUCAUUCGUGAUGCACUUCGAAGGACGUGGCUGGGAGGAAAAGCUUGCCGAUUCAAGCGAAAAAUAUGCUUAUCCUCCGAACAAAGUUAUUCGGACUAAGGUAACAGGAACCAAUCCUGGAUACGGAGCAACUUGCGUUGCGCUACUUUUAUCGGCAAAGACAAUUUUGAAAGAAGCAGACAAGAUGCCUGGAAAUGGUGGAUUCCUUACCCCCGGUGCGGCGUUUGGCAAGACCAAUUUGAUUUCCGAGCUAACUAAAAAUGGUUUCACGUUCGAAGUGAUAUCGAAAGCAAAACUUUAAUAAUAAAACAUUCAUGGGAUUCGGUUUAGCAAAUUCCACCUGCAUAUAUGAACUCGUAGGGAAA